UGUUGUAAAGUCAAAGGCAGGUGAAGUAGUUCAACAGAGAUAAAUCGUGUUGGCCGAAUUACGUCGCAAAAAAGCCCGCAUCACCAAACAAAGGGACACGCGAGGCCUGCCGAGGUCACUGUCGGGCCGAGCAGACACGAGGAGGGGCGCUGAAUGAUCGGUGAGGGGCGGCACUCGCCCGUCGAAGACCCUCCGCCAGCAGCAGAAGCUCUUCCCUCGGGACGCGCCACCAGCAGCAACAACAGCCCUGGCCGGGCCGACUCAGUCGUCGAGGACGACGCAGCCACCAUUUCGGGCAGACGACUGCUCUCCUCCUCGAGCUCGGUCGACGAGGAGGCCGAAGGGGCGGCAGUAGCAGGGGUGCCCAGCGUCGCUUUCACCCCUACCAUCGGGCCCCCGACCAUGGACUCGCCCUCGAGACACACCAGGGAGUCGCAACCCCUCCUCGGACGCACCGAGUCCGACAUCACCUUCAACCAUUUCCCUGAGGACCCGCAUUUUACGGACUUGUUGAAAAAUGCAGAAAGUGCCAUCGAGCGGGGCAUCCUCCCCGAACGCAUCUACCAGGGCUCGAGUGGAAGCUACUUUGUCAAAAACAUUGAAGGGAAAACCAUUGGAGUGUUCAAGCCGAAGGACGAAGAACCGUACGGCAGGCUGAACCCCAAGUGGACCAAAUGGAUGCACAAACUGUGUUGUCCGUGCUGCUUCGGCCGCUCGUGUCUUAUCCCCAACCAGGGCUACUUGUCCGAAGCUGGGGCCAGCCUGGUUGACACCAAACUCGGCCUAAACAUUGUGCCAACCACAAAGGUGGUGAGACUGGUCAGUGAAACUUUCAAUUAUUCCCGUAUCGACCGGCAAAAAGCGAAACUGAAGCGAAACAUCGACAAGCGCUUUCCGAACGUGGGUCGCCACUUUCACCGCAUCGGCCUUCGUCCUAAGGUGGGUUCCUUCCAGCUGUUUGUGGACAGUUACAAGGACGCCGACUACUGGCUGCGGCGCUUCGAGAGCGAGCCACCAAACGUGGACGUGCAACGCAAAUUCCAGCUGCAGUUCGAGCGUCUUGUGGUGCUCGACUACAUCAUCCGCAACACGGACCGUGGCAACGACAACUGGCUCAUUCGUUACAACUCGCCAACGGCCAAAAACGGCACCGCGCCGCCCCAACCUGGCGAGCUGCAGGAAACGACGCAGUCUUGGUCAGGCAGUCAGCAAAUCAUUAUCGCGGCCAUCGACAACGGGCUGGCUUUCCCGUUCAAGCAUCCCGACUCGUGGCGUGCCUACCCGUACCACUGGGCGUGGUUGCCCCAGGCAAAAGUGCCCUUCAGCGCCGAAACGCGCGAACUCGUCCUCCCCCAGCUCUCGGAUCCUGAUUUUGUCGAAGACCUCUGUGCCGACCUCUAUCAACUACUGAAGCAAGAUAAAGGUUUCGAUCGGCACCUGUUCGAGCGGCAGAUGUCAGUGAUGCGAGGACAGAUCCUUAACCUGACGCAAGCUUUGAAAGACGGAAAGAGUCCUGUGCAGCUGGUUCAAAUGCCCGCAGUCAUUGUGGAAAGGUCCAAUGGGCAUGUUGGAACAACCUCGCGUUUCCGAGACUUCAGCAACCAGUUCACCCAGAAAUUCCAGAAGCGAAAUCCGAUCUUCUCUUGGUGCUAACCACCGCUUGAACGAUAUCAGAACGGACAGAGCUUAUCUUUCAAUCUGCCAUCGUUGUAAAUAAUAUUUUGUGUUAAGCUUCAGUUUUGUGAUGAUUCGUUUGUUUCCAUCGUGAACGACUUGUCACGUUAUCUAUCCGAGUUUUUGUGUUCCGUCACACAAAAGACUGUGAUCAUUGUCCAGCUGACGCAAUCCAGCUCUCUUGACGCUGAUGCUGCUUUGUGUUCCCAACGCUUUUGCUUAUUUUGGUAAGAGGAGGUACCUGCAUGGCAAAUCUUCUCUCCUUUGAUGGUACAUGAGCCCUAAAAAUACUGCUAGUCAGCCCAACAUUCAAUGUUCCAGUUUCAGUCAAGGAGUAGAAACUUACUGUCAAUUUGGACUGACGGAAAUUCAAAAUUCACUCUCGUGCGAAAGCGACGUCAAAAAUCAUUCUUCGGCACCACCAAUUGAGCUCAACUAAUGUUAAUUAAUCAAUGAAUUGUAGUUAGACUUUGAUGACAAGUAGAACAGAUAAUAAUUAUUACCAACUCGGCCCACCAGCAAACCAAUCAAUUUUAACUACUACAUGCACUGUACUGCUGAGCAAGUUUAUACAUUAUAUGAUACCUCCACCUGAUUAAUGUCAAGUUAUCAUGUGAUAUAAUUCAUAAUUUGUAUGCAUUUUAGCUUUUAUUUUGUAAAUAUCUAGCCUGCUUGCUGAAUCAAUUUUCUAAGCUAAAAUAUCAAGCAGAGAGAGUUCCAAGCGCGGUCAAAGUUUCAAAUACUGUGAAAAUGAAAAGGAGAUUUCCUGAAAAUCAAAGUUUAAUUUGUAAUAUUGGCAAAAUGACUGUGAAAACUAUCUGCACCUGUACAUUAUGGUAAAUGCUGAGUUUGUGCAAGUCUAAAUAAACAUAAAAUCAGAUUUAUCCAAA